UGUAUUCAUCGCAUCAGGUGCCUUAGAAGUUGAGAUGGAGAUGUGCGUUCUCAAUGACUGUGGUGUUUGUGUACACCAUAGAAUAAUUCCUGGUAACUGAAGCAGAAAGCUCUCUAUAGAUAAAACCCAUAAACCCAGCCUCUCCACCAAGCCAAGAACACAGCUGCUUCGGCAGUCUGAGACUUCGCAAGAUUUCACUGUCUAUUGGUUCUUUGUCGCACCUGUUGUUGGUCUGCAAUGGAGCUUAGUCUCCAACACAGACCAAAUCCUCUUCUCCUUCCAUCUAAUUGUUUCAAUAGAAACUUACUAAAAUUCUUUCUUUUCAAGCCAGUACCCCUACAUUGGAAGCAAAGAGAAAGAAAUUCCCGCUCAAAACUGAUUGUCCGAGCUUCUGCUUCUGGUAAUGAAAAUGGGUCGGAGAGUUUCUCGUGGUCGAGGGUCAGGCAUUCGAUACGUCGAGGUUCCGAGAGAGUUUUGUCGAAUUUCGGAGAGUUGGUGAAGAAAGAAACCGGGUUUGAUUUAGAAGACGCCAAUGAAAAGGUGGUUGGGCUUCUGGGUCAGGUUAGGGACACGGCGAAGAAGGGUGAGAUCGUAUUUGAUCGGUUUAAGUUCGAAUGGGUCCCCAAGUUCAUUGACUGGAAUAAGUGGGAGCGGUGGAAGGAUGUCAAGAAUUGGGAACCUAAAAGAAUUGGUGCUUUGAUCUUCUAUAUCUUUGUUGUCAUAAUUUCAUGUCAAAGAGUGUAUGUGGCUUUAAAGACACCUCGUCUAGAUCGUCAAAGCAAGGAGGAGUUGACUGAGGCCUUUAUGGAAGCUUUGAUUCCUGAGCCAUCUCCAAGUAAUAUUAGGAAGUACAAGAAGAGUAUAUGGAGGAAAACAAUGCCCAAGGGCCUGAAAAUGAAGAAGUUCAUUGAAGGACCUGAUGGGGCACUUAUUCAUGACAGUUCCUAUGUUGGGGAAGAUGCAUGGGUUGAUGAUCCAGAGCCUACUCAAGAGAAAGUAAAACAAAUUAUUGACACUGAUAUAAAAUUGAACCCAGAGGAAAAGAAGGAACUGAAAAAAGACUUUGGAAUUUCAGGGGAGGAAAAAGAAAUUAGGGAAACAUGGCGUGAAAGGCUUCAUGCAUGGAGAGAAAUUCUCAGAAAGGAUAAGUUUGCUGAGCAAUUAGAUUUUUUAAGUGCUAAGUAUGUAGUUGACUUUGACUUGCAAGAAGUUGAGAAGAGUCUUCAGAAAGACGUGGUGGAAAAGCUGUCAAGUACACAAGGCACUAGGGCAUUGUGGAUUUCUAAAAGAUGGUGGCGCUACCGUCCAAAGCUUCCAUAUACUUAUUUUCUUCACAAACUUGAUUGUUCUGAGGUUGCUGCUGUUGUCUUUUCUGAGGACCUCAAGAAAUUAUAUAUUACAAUGAAAGAAGGGUUCCCUUUAGAAUAUGUUGUUGAUAUUCCCCUUGAUCCAUACUUGUUUGAAAUUAUCACGAGUUCUGGAGUAGAGGUGGAUCUCCUUCAGAAGCGGCAAAUCAAUUAUUUUCUUCGUGUUGUUGUUGCAUUGAUUCCUGGAAUACUGAUCCUGUGGCUUAUUAGGGAGUCUGUGAUGCUCUUACAUGUCACAUCAAGGCGUUACCUCUACAAGAAAUAUAACCAACUCUUUGAUAUGGCUUAUGCGGAAAACUUUAUCCUGCCAGAAGGAGAUUCUGGAGAAACAAAAUCCAUGUAUAAAGAAGUAGUAUUAGGCGGUGACGUUUGGGAUCUGCUGGAUGAGUUGAUGAUUUAUAUGGGAAACCCCAUGCAGUACUAUGAGAAAGAAGUCAAAUUUGUUCGGGGUGUUCUUUUAUCUGGGCCACCUGGAACAGGCAAAACACUUUUUGCAAGGACACUUGCAAAGGAGAGUGGAAUGCCUUUUGUUUUUGCUUCCGGUGCAGAGUUCACUGAUAGUGAAAAAAGUGGUGCAGCAAGGAUUAAUGAAAUAUUUUCUAUUGCAAGGAGAAAUGCACCAUCAUUUGUAUUUGUAGAUGAAAUUGAUGCUAUUGCUGGAAGGCAUGCAAGAAAGGAUCCGCGAAGGCGAGCAACAUUUGAAGCACUGAUUUCACAGCUUGAUGGAGAUAAAGAGAAAACUGGCAUAGAUCGAUUUUCACUACGACAAGCUGUAAUUUUUCUCUGUGCAACAAAUAGACCAGAUGAACUAGACCUGGAGUUUGUCCGUCCUGGGCGUAUUGAUCGUCGUCUAUAUAUUGGUUUACCUGAUGCCAAGCAGCGGGUGCAAAUUUUUGGUGUACAUAGUGCUGGAAAACAAUUUUCUGAGGAUGUGGACUUUGGGAAGCUUGUUUUCCGUACUGUUGGUUAUUCUGGGGCAGAUAUUCGAAAUCUUGUUAAUGAAGCAGGAAUAAUGUCUGUGAGGAAGGGUCACUCCAAGAUCUUUCAAGAGGAUAUUAUUGAUGUGUUGGAUAAACAAUUGCUUGAGGGUAUGGGUGUAUUACUUACAGAGGAAGAACAGCAGAAAUGUGAAGAGAGUGUAUCAUUUGAAAAGAAGAGAUUGCUAGCUGUACAUGAAGCUGGUCAUAUAUUAUUAGCUCACUUGUUUCCUCGAUUUGAUUGGCAUGCAUUCUCCCAAUUGCUACCUGGUGGCAAGGAAACUGCAAUAUCUGUGUUCUAUCCUAGAGAAGAUAUGGUAGAUCAAGGCUAUACAACCUUUGGUUACAUGAAGAUGCAAAUGGUAGUAGCACAUGGUGGUCGUUGUGCUGAACGUAUUGUGUUUGGGGAUGACAUCACUGAUGGAGGAAGUGAUGAUCUGGAGAAGAUUACUAAAAUUGCAAGAGAGAUGGUUAUCAGCCCUAGGAAUUCGAGAUUGGGGCUUACAACAUUGACAAAAAGGGUUGGUUUAAUGGAUCGACCGGAUAGUCCUGAUGGCGAGAUGAUAAAGUAUAAGUGGGAUGAUCCUGAUGUGAUUCCAGCAGACAUGACAGUUGAAGUGUCUGAAUUAUUUACUCGCGAACUUACAAGGUACAUUGAAGAGACAGAAGAAUUUGCAAUGAAUGGUUUAAAGCAGAACAGGCAUAUCUUGGAUAUGAUUGCCAGGGAACUUGUAGAAAAAUCAAGGAUAACUGGAUUGGAAGUAGAGGAAAGGAUGAAGGAAAUGUCUCCAACAAUGUUCGAGGAUUUUGUACAACCAUUCCAGAUAAAUUUAGAAGAGGAUGGACGACUGCCUCAUAAUGACAGAUUGCGCUAUCAGCCAUUGGAUAUAUAUCCUGCACCACUUCACAGGUGUUGAAAAUUCAGAAAUUUCGUAGCCUUCUCAACUUCCGGGAUGUACAUCAUGACAUAUCUUCCAUUGCCAACAAAAAGAAAAAUGGUGAUUGUUAGUCUAUGACAAAGGAAGUCAGUAGUCACAGGGUAGUCACUGCUGCAUUGCCUGAAAUUGAUACUAAAUGAAGCUAUAGGAGCACAUACUGCAGAGACUUCACCAACUGUGGACAGAGCUAAGGUAGAGAUGGCUGUUGUAAAUUGGUUGUGCCUGAAUUUUCCAUUGCCCAGGCAUGCUUAUGGAUUUCUCCACUAUAGUCCUUUUUUUCUUUGUGAAAUGAGGUUUUCAAAUUAGUAGACCCAAAGAUUCUGGCUCAUUGACUAAUUUUAACCAUCAAGAUUAUGUAAAAUAUUCCAGAAGUUCUUUUUAUUAUUACAGGUUCCUAUUAAAAUAAA